AUGUACUUCUUGAACAACUUCAUGGCACCAGUCGGAUACUCCCGCCUAUUCGAGGGCAGCCCAUACCAUACAUUAUCGUUCUAUCUCUCAGCUGGUGUGCUUUCGGGCUUCGCUCAACACUGGACAACUUUGAGCACUCGCAUACCUUUUCACAGGCGACCAAUCCCUGAAAUCUUUAUUCGCUCCGGAGGCGCAUCAGGAGCAUUGUUCGGAGUUCUUGGAGUCUUCUGCAUGCAAUAUCCUCAUGCUGGCCUAGGAAUAUUAUUUGUCCCUGUACAUUUCGACGCGCAAUAUGUGCUGCCCGCGAUACUACUUUUCGAUCUGGUUGGCAUUAUUCGAGGGUAUAGCUUUGUGAACUUUGGUCACGCAGCUCAUUUCGCUGGUGGAAUGCUGGGCGUAGCAUACUCGUAUUUCGACGGGAAGACGAAUAUUUGGAAGCCAUUGGUGCGCCAUUGGAAACGCCGCCUGCAGCAAUCCUAG